AAAUAAAGUUUAUAAGAUGGCGGAUAAUAGUGUCGACGAACAAAAAGAACCUGACAUCUCUUUUAGGAGAGCCGGACUAUAUUUGGUUAUUAUAUUCUUGUCCUCGCUCUUAUUUUUGGUAUUAAUCUUCUUCAAUUUCCCUCACAUGAACGAGAAAGAUGCAUCUCACUUAUAUCUGCCUAGUAACAUUGAAGAUGCUAAGCAGUUAGGACUUGUCCUAUCAAAAUACACCAACUCACACUACUGGACUGUUUUUGGUGGACUGGUUGUAACAUACAUCUUUUUACAGACAUUUGCAAUUCCUGGUAGCAUAUUCCUUAGUAUAUUAUCUGGUUAUUUAUUCUCCUUCCCUGUUGCUAUUCUACUAGUCUGCACAUGUUCUGCUGUUGGAGCCACACUUUGCUACCUCCUAUCAGGAAUGUUUGGCCAUAGACUAGUACAGAGGCUAUUUCCUGAAAGAUUAGCUUCUCUUAGACUAAAAAUCAGAAGUCACAGGUCUAACAUGUUAAAUUAUAUAAUAUUCCUUCGUAUAACUCCAAUACUACCAAAUUGGCUCAUCAAUAUAUCGUCUCCAAUCUUGGGUGUCAACAUUGUACAUUUCUUUGUAGGCACUUUUCUUGGUGUAGCUCCUCCAUCUUUUUUAUUCAUACGAGCAGGGACAACUCUAUUCCAACUCACUACAAUAGCAGAUCAGAUUUCACUUAGUUCAAUUAUAGUGCUAGGACUCCUUGCAUUGCUAUCUAUACUACCAGCUGUGCUUAAGCAAUAUCUGACUAGAAAACUAUCACUCUAAAAUACUAAUAGACCUAUCAAUCAUUUUUUUGAUCAUAAAUAUUAAUAAUUAUAAUUUAUUAUUGAUAUAUUGAAUUAAUUGAAAAUUUGAUUAAAUUUAACAGUUCUUUAAUGACAGCAA